UGAUGAGCACAUAUUGCCGUAAGUGUGCCAUGGGAAGCCCACCAGAUGAGCAUGAUUGUGUGCGGAAUCAUGAUGGCUCUGCCAAGGCCAUGGAACCACGAGCUGCAGUACAGCUGUGCCUAAACAACCCUGACUUUAAGGAAGCAAAUGUCCGUGUUUCUACUAUCGUGGCUGACAGGGAUGCUUCUACAUUUGCUGCCCUUAAUGCUGAGAGUGACCGCCCCAUCAAUCGCCUCGUCGACCUGAACCACAACACGAAGGGGAUAAACAACCAAUUGUAUGAGUUGAAGAAAUCUUUCAGUUGGCUGACUACUGAUACCAUUGAAUAUUUAAAACGAUGUGUCAACAACGGCAUCAAACAAAACAAGAACAACGUUGAGGGUGUCCGCAGUGCCAUUCUAAAUGUUGCUCGGCAUGUUUAUGAUGAGCAUGAAGAUUGCGGUGAAUGGUGUAAGGCAAAGGGCCAGCCGGACUACCCCUUCAAGAACUUACCCAAAAUGAAGCCCCUGUCUGACCCAGUGUUCAGAGUUCACCUUGAAGAGUUGCUUGGGGAACAGGCUGCUGAGAGUGCGCAGCUUGCUGCUUGUGGCUCCACGCAAGCAAAUGAAAAUUUCAACCACAUGUCAACCACUAGAGCCCCUAAGUCCAGAUUUUAUGGUGGCACAAAGGCACUGAAGACUAGGGUGGCCUCUGCAGUGUGUGCCAAAAAUAUUGGUGCAACCUACACUGAGGAAAUUUUCAGUUCUACGCAGUUAUCACCAUCUGUCACCAAGUACAGGCAGUCUCUCCAGAAAUCCAUCGAAUUAAAGAGAGAGUACCAGCAACUACCUCAUGUGAAGAAGCGGAGACUUCAGCUUAAACUGCAGGAUAGGUGGCAAGAAGCGAGGGAGCUCAGCUCUGGUGGCAUCACCUAUGCCUCUGGAAUGGGCAGUGUAAUGGAGCGAGCUGUGGCUGCCACCUCAGCGGCUACAUCAGAAGAUCUUAUCACUUCCUGGAUUCCACCAAUCUCUGAGCUCCACCCUGACUGCGCCUUUGUUUACCUAGAUCUAGAAACAACAGGGUUCCAAGCUGACUGCGACAUCAUCCAGGUUGCAGCAGUUUGUGGAUCACUACAGUAUUCAGCUUACAUGGUCCCAUCCCGCAAAAUUGCUCCCCAGGCCUCAGCUGUCACAGGCCUGAAAGUGGUCAAGGGGAAGUUAGUUCACAAGAGUGUAGCGUUGCCCACCAAACCUCCUCGCAUAGUGGCAUCAGAAUUCUUGGAGUUCCUCAGGAAGUGUGGGCCGCAAGUGAUUCUUGUGGGUCACAAUCUUAUGAGGUAUGAUGCGCCCAGGAUUCUCCGUUUUAUGAAGUUGUUUGGUGAGUCCAUGGAGUUUGCUGAAAUGGUGCAUGGACUUGUUGAGACAAUGCCCCUCAUUCGUCAAGGGAGGAAGUGCAAGUUGCAGGUUCUUGCAGCGAAGUACCUGACUGAAGAGAAAUGGACUGAACACAAGAAAAAUGCUCACAAUGCAGUAUCAGAUUGCAUCCUUCUUGAAGGCCUCAUGCACCACUUUUCUGUAUCCCAGCAAACCAUGUUAAAAUCUCUUGUCACUAUGGUUGACUUCAUGAAGAACCAAGUGUUCUUGAAAAAUAAGAAUCGCCUUGGCAAAGGUCUCAGUGUUUUGGAAGCUGGUGGCGUUUCUAAACAUAUGAUCACUAAAAUGGCAGGCGCAGGUGUGACUCUUGAUGAGUUGAAGGAUGUUAUGCUGACCAAGGGCACUGCUGGAUUUGGUCCUUGCCUUGGGGUACAAAUUUAUGGGAAGCCAAGAGUGACAAGCACCAAGGAUAUUAUUGCUAAGAUAGCAGCGUCUGUUCGUCAAGUGUUGGAAAAAGCAGGAGUUGACUUGCCCUACUUAUAGUGAGACCAAAUGUUUGUGAUUCUUGAUUUAUUCUUAAUUUUUGAAAAUAUUGUAUUAUGUUUUGAAAAAAAAAUGAUGAUAGUGGUUAAUGUUGCCUAAUGUGUUCCAAAAUAGAUUUGUCAUGAUAUUAUGCUGUGUUAUUUGUGUGUUAAAAUUUAGUGCCUCUUGACUGAUUUUACUAUUUACAAAUUAAAUUUCAUACCUUACCCUUUGACUUUCAUUUUCAAUACCACUUCCUACCU